AUGUUUUACCCAGGUUUGGCAGUACUCAAGCCGACCAAGGUCAUGAAGAGCUCAUCUCGAGCGGUUGUGACAGACUUGCUGCCUUGUCCAUCGGACCAAGGCACGACCAUGGCGGGAGGCCAAGUCGUUUGUCUCAUCCGCAAGCUCGCCGUAGUCAUUAAUGCACUCCUCGUGGUACGUCUGGUCCUAGACCAUCUGCUCAUGAAGACGCUCAAGGAUCGAAACAAUGUUUAA